CUCCCACGCAUUUGAGAAAGCGCCAGAUAGAGCCGAAGCCUCUCCAGUGUCCGGUCCGCCGUUUGAGAUCAAGGCGACGGCCGCGGCGGUGGCGGCAAUAGGAGACAUCAUCAAAGGAAGGAUCAUAUGGAUGAAGUACUUCAUUUCUCUUUCUCAUAUUGGUGGGGAUGGAUCCAGGAGCUAUGAUGAACGAAGGUUCAUUUGUGAACGGGGCGCCUAAUACGACGCCGUAUAAUCUGGCGGAUAUCUGGCAAUCACCGAUGAACAUUGGUGCGGGUCUCGGAGAUUCCGGGGUCGGGUUGGGGUUGAGGAGGCCACAGUUUGGGCACAAUUUGGGGCUGCCACCGUUUAGUGAUUUUUCGGGUCAUACGAAUCGAGAUGUGCCCCGUAAUGAUCAAACCAGCUCGGAGCAGAGAGGUAAUAAUAAUGAUGAUCAUGGAGUCAAUAACAAUAAGAAGCGUCGUGAUUUCGAGGAUGAGUCCACCAAGGCCGUCUCCACCAGUACUGACAGUGAUGGCAUGGAUGAUGGUGGUGAAGGAAAACGGCUUAAAGCUUCAGGGAAUAAGAAUGAGAGUCGAGACACCAAAGCUGAAGCACAACCCAGUUCAGGAAAGCCUGCGGAGCAAAAUAAUCAGCCACCUCCUUUUGAGCCUCCUAAGCAAGAUUACAUUCAUGUUCGAGCAAGAAGAGGCCAAGCUACUGAUAGCCACAGUCUAGCAGAAAGAGCUAGAAGGGAGAAGAUAAGCGAGCGGAUGAAAAUUCUUCAGGAUUUGGUCCCUGGCUGUAAUAAGGUUAUUGGGAAAGCACUGGUCCUUGAUGAGAUUAUAAAUUAUAUCCAAUCAUUACAACGCCAAGUUGAGUUCCUAUCUAUGAAACUUGAAGCUGUAAAUUCAAGACUGAACUCUGGCAUCGAUGUCUUUCCUCCUAAAGAUUUUGGUCAACAAUCAUUUGAAGCGGCUGGCAUGGCAUUUGGCUCACAAGCUACAAGAGAGUAUAGCCGGGGCUUAUCACCGGAGUGGUUACAUAUGCAGGUAGGUGGUGGUUUUGAAAGAACGUCUUAGUCCAUGAGAAGUCCUUUGUGCAACACCUAGUAAUAAAAUGCAUAAAGGGGUGUGUAUCUAUAUCCUUCUUCAAUAGCUGCCAAGAAAACAUAUACCCAAGAUAUUACGUCGAAUGAUUAGACACCUUCAUUUCCAUUUUCUACACCAAGCAUGUGGAAGCUAUUAUUGUUUUGCAACUGGACUGCUUUAAGUUACUAUCUGUGCAUCCCAAGUUGUUCGUCCUGUGUUGGAAAAUGAAUUCAUUUGCUCAAAUAUGAAGCAUAGUAGUGGAAUAUAUAAGUAUAGAUUUUCCGUUGCUACUACUCAACAAAUCCCUUGAAAUGAGUAUUAUUCUUGUAAACGAAUUAUGCUGCAUGUUUACUCUGAAUACAUAAUGCUUAUAUGUUGUGUAAUGGUCUCAACAUUAAUGUUUGUUUGUGAAGCGAUGUUGAAUAAUUU